AGUGCAGUCCUUGAGGAAACUUCACUACGAAUAAAGUUUACAAGUUUUAAUAACAUUGUAAAAAUGAGAUUGAUUAUUAUGAGUUUGAAGUUUGUCUUCACAAUCAUCUUUUUUUCACAAUUAUCAACUGGUUGGUCCACACACAGAGCCAACAAAAUUUACGAUGGCACAGAAUUUCCAAGCUACAUGGAUGACUCGCUACAAUUACUUCGGCAUCUCUGUGAAGAUGACAUGAUUUUUUUAAAUUUCUCCAACGCAGUGAUCUCAAAUAUCAACCGGGAUUUCAUCAGCAGUCCUUUAAUUACCUGCCUUGCUCUUGCGGACAGUCAUAUUGAAAAAAUUGAAAGAGACGCCUUCAACAAACUACCAAAUUUAACUCAACUGUUUCUUUCUAACAACAGAUUAUAUGAUCUCUUUAAUUUUGGAGGUCACAAUAAAUUAAACGUUCUUGUUAUGAACAGUGCAGUCAUCGGCUAUAAUUAUGCAGAAGUAAAGAUUUAUGACGAAUAUCCCAAUUUAGAAAUUUUAUCUCUUCGUAAAAAUAAUAUUCGCAAUUUAGAAAUUUUAUCUCUUCGUAAAGAUGAUGUUCACAAUUUGGAGUUUAAAUUUUCUUUUCCUGCUUAUCCGAGAACUACAGUAAUUACGCAAAAGAUCCUAUUUCCAAAAUUAAAAGCCCUGGAUCUCUCUGAAAAUAAAAUGGAAAUCAGUAACUUUGUAGAACUGCUACCGAAUAGUUUAUAUUUUCUUGAUCUUCACGAUAAUUUGCUUUAUUUCUUAAAUUUAAGCAAUAGAACAAAUAAAUUGUUUGCAUUGAAUUUGGAUAAUAAUCGUUUCAAUUCUAUUAAGAAUUGGGACAGGGAUUAUAGUCUAUCGGUGGUUGGUUUGAAAGAUUUACAAUAUCUCUCAGUUUCCACAAAUAAGAUUAAUAUUAUUGACUCAGAUGCUUUCGUGGACAAUGAUAAAUUGCUUUACAUAAAUUUAUCCACAAAUCACAUAAAGAAUUUACAUUCAAAGACAUUUGCAAACUUGCAGUAUUUAAAAACGCUCGAUUUAAGUUUUAAUCAACUCGAAGAUGUUCCGCAGAUGUCAAAUGAAAUAGAAAUCAACACUUUAUAUAUUAAUUACAACAACAUAACGGAGCUAAUCUCACAUACCUUUGUGCAAAUGCCGAAAUUGACGAAAUUAUUGUUGGCAGGAAAUCGAAUUAAUAAGAUUAAUGUAAAUGCGUUCGCUCAUCUUUCCGUCCUAGAGAAAUUAGAUCUGUCGAAAAAUAUGUUAAGUUCUCUGCCGAAUGGAUGGGCGGAAUCUCUUGUAUCUCUGAAAUAUUUAGAUUUGAGCGAUAAUAAAUUCACUUCGCUGGAGUUUUUAUCACUGACAAAGGCGUUGCCAGUGAUAGAAAUAUAUUUAACGAUGAACCCAUUAGAGCAUUUAAAUGUUAAAUAUUUCGAGAAUUUACCAUUGAAUCUCACUAUUAACUUGAUAAACAUUUGCAAAAUAGAUAAUAAAAAUUGUAAAAAAUUGGUAAAUUAUGAAGAAUUUUGAUCAAAUUAAAAUGUUAAUACUGAUGUUGACCUAAAACAAUAUGAUCUAUUGGUUUAUGUUAUGUAGAAAUAAUAAAAUUUAAAAUAAUAAUGUAAAAUUUUUUCUAUGCUGCAUUAAAUUUAUCAACCUAUACAUAUAAGUAGUUCGUAAUCUUAUAUUAUAUCUACAUAAUACAUUAUAGAUCAAUAUCAGUUUCGACUACAAUCUUUGUUAAUAACAUUUCAAAAAAAUUUUUUAAUAGUUAUUACGCAUAGUUUAAUAAUUUCACUGUGAAAU